AUGAACGCUUUUCCAGCAACUGUCCAAGUCCGCAACCCGGCAGCCGCAGAAGUGUGCAGUACUGGACCAGCAGAGGAGCGGCGGUGGGGGCAGUGGAUACAUUUCAUCUUGCUCUUCAGUCGACAAGGGAAAUUGCGGCUGCAGAAAUGGUAUACCACGCUCCCUGACAAAGAAAGGAAGAAGAUCACCCGGGAAAUCAUUCAGUCUGUCCUCUCUCGUGGGCACAGGACCAGCAGCUUCAUUGACUGGAAGGAGCUGAAACUCGUUUAUAAAAGGUAUGCUAGUUUAUAUUUUUGCUGUGCAAUAGAAAAUCAAGACAAUGAGCUCUUGACACUAGAGAUUGUACAUCGUUAUGUGGAGUUGCUGGACAAAUACUUUGGAAAUGUCUGUGAGCUGGAUAUCAUCUUUAACUUUGAAAAGGCAUAUUUUAUCCUUGAUGAGUUCAUCAUAGGUGGGGAAAUCCAGGAGACAUCCAAGAAGACAGCAGUCAAGGCCAUUGAGGACUCUGAUAUGUUACAGGAGACAAUGGAAGAAUACAUGAACAAACCCACAUUUUAAGUGUACAGUCUACUUGAAGAUUCUGAGUGCUUCGUGUUGUGACCCUACAGACAAGCAACUCCUUGCGUCCAAGCGCCACAAGCCCUGCGGCACCAUGCCAAUGAUAACUUAAAGGGAUUCUGUGUUAGCUAGCCAAACUCAAGGUUGUUAGCAUAACGUAUUUGUGGUUGCUACGCGUCUGUAUUCUACUGUGUGUCGCUACUCAUCGUGGCUCUAGUUGUUUCAAAUAAUUGCUGCAGACUGAAUAGUUGCUUACAGUGUUUUAAGUCCUUGUGGUAUUUUUAAGGUAAUUUCAAAUAUUAGUUGCAAUAUAGUGAUUUUUUUUGUUGCCAUUUGAUCUUCUACCUGUAGACCAAAAACUGCUUUGUGAUAACACCCAGUUUUGAAUGUAAAGUAUAUUUUAUAUAAUGAAUGCCUUUCCUAAAUGUUUUAAAGUGUACAUAAAUUCAAGUUGAUGUUAAUAGUUCAGAUUUCAUACAUGAUGCUAGACAUUUUUUAAUAUUUUUCAACAGUACUAUAAUUUCAGGUCAGAUACAAUGUAUAUGACUUUAAUGUCUUGAAUUCAACUUUUUUUUUUUUUUCGGAAUCGGGAUAGACUUCAUAAAUGACUUAAAUGUCUUAGAAGGUGCUAGAUUGAAGUUUUAACUUUACUUUCAAUUGAAUAUAAGGGACAUUUCAAUAAUGCUAUGUUUUCUACAAACUGUGUAUUUAUUAAGGUUUCAAGAGAUCUGAAGAUAACAUGUUACAGCAUCUCCUGUCCUUACCAAAAUGCUGAGAGGAAGAGCUAUAGCAAUAUUUAUAUAGCAGUAAUUGUGAUCUCUACUACUAUUUUACAUCUCGUGCUCCAGUUAUUCCUUGUGAUUCUUUUUACGGAUAUUUUAUUUUCAAAUAUCUCACACCUUGUGAAAAAUGUUAAAAUAUUUUUAAUGUAAGCUGAAUGUACCAGGCUUCCUUAUGGCAUGAAUUUCUGUACCCUUCAUAAGAGGGGACUCUAUCCCUUUUUUUUUUUUCCACCUUUUUCUCAGGAAAAUGUCUUCUGCUGACUAUUAUUGUGACCAUGUCACCUUCAUGCUUCCAAAACAAAAGUUCUGCAUAGCCAGGGACUGCGUGUACUGAGACAGGAAGUAGGAAGUCGCUUAUAGCAUUUGUUCUUGGUGUCUCUGUCUAGAGCUUUGAAUCUUCAUUCUCAGUGUAAGUAUCAAGGUCUGGGGUUGCUCCCAUCAGAGUGCUUAGGACUCUUAUAUUUUCUUGUGACGAGAGUGCUUGAUUUUGUAUUCUGUGGUGAUCUCAUAUGGCCGACUCUUAGAGAAUGUCAUUGUUUGUCAUCUUUGGUUCAUCUUAUCAGGCUUCUUUAAGGGAAGGUGACAAGACCAAAGCAGAACAGACAGACAAACUGACCCAUUCCUUAAUAUAACUAUUUACUUAAAGGCAGCAAUUCAGUUUGUAUAUGAGGCAAUAACUGGUCUUCUAAUAGCUGACGUAUCUUCAAGUUAACGAUAUCAUUAUGGUGGCAGGUUGAUGUUUGUCUUUUCUCUUUAUUUCAUAGUCUUCAGUUUUGUGCAUUAACUUUUUUAAAAAAUGAUUAAAAAUUUUUGUUUUUCAAAUAUUUUUGUAAACGUGAACUUUCUGUAACUUCAAAGGUUUUCCAGUUUCUUUUUUUUUCUUUUUUUUUUUUUGUGGAUAAAGGUAUUUUUUGAGCCUCAUUAAAUGUACUGUUUAUAUUCUGUAUAAUUCUAUAUUUUACACUGUCUAGCUUGCACACAUUCUUCCUGUCAGUUCACUCAUAGAAAGUGAUCAUAUUUAUGUGACACACUGGAAUAAAUUCAAGGGAUUUGGGGACCAGCUUACAUGAGCUUUAGCGAAAAAUCAGUACAUAUAUUUUCUUUAUUAUUAUAGGAUUCUAAGGAAGGUACCAAGUAAAAGAAAAAAAUAAUACUGAAUAUAUAUAAAACUUCCAAAUAAAAAGUUAAAAAUGUGUUAAUGAUGAA